CCACCACAAAGUGUUCAGUGUUUGUGUUUGCGGUUGGUGCAAGAGUACCUGGAAUGUGAGCUUGCCUUGGCUUCUGUAGGCCACUCUGACCAGUCCUUAAAGAGUACCGUGUACUAGAGGAGUCUCUUUAGAUCUGGUUCUCGAUGGCUUUCCAUUUGUUUAAAUCCGCUUUAGGAUCUGCCCUGAAUGGCAGAGAUGAAGCUCUUGCAGCGCAGUACCACGGACAGACUGUACACAAGGGCAAUUUUUGUUUUGAGACAGGGUCUCACUGUCUAACACUGGCUGACCUGGAAAUCACUGUGGAGACCAGGCUGCCCAACAACUUGGGAAUCAAAAUCUACAACAGAAGCUCCUGAAAACUGCUAGCUAUACUAACUUUGUCCCUUCUGGCUGUUAUUCUUGCUUAUUAUACAUGAAUGGUAACUACACACAAGCUAAACAAUACUUCUGAGCCGAGCAAGAAUGCUUGCAGAUCAGUUUUGUAAUGCCAUUGGAGUGUUACAGCAGUGUGGUCCUCCUGCCUCUUUCAGUAACAUUCAAACAGCAAUUAAUAAAGACCAACCAGCCAAUCCUACAGAAGAAUAUGCCCAGCUUUUUGCAGCACUGAUUGCACGAACAGCAAAAGAUAUUGAUGUUUUGAUAGAUUCCUUACCCAGUGAAGAGUCUACAGCUGCUUUACAGGCUGCUAGCUUAUAUAAGCUAGAAGAAGAAAACCAUGAAGCUGCUACAUGUCUGGAGGAUGUUGUUUAUCGGGGAGAUAUGCUUCUGGAGAAGAUCCAAAGUGCACUUGCUGACAUUGCACAGUCACAGCUGAAGACCAGAAGUGUUACCCAUAGCCAGUCUCUUCCAGACUCGUAGCAUCAACAGAACAUGUGACUGAGAAAAGAACUGUUUGGAUGACACUAAGAAUGCUGCAUCAGAUUCAAUGUAAGCUCUACCAACAGCUACAGAAUAUCAUAUGCUUUGACUGUGUUACCUUUUUUAACUAGUUUUCACUCUUAAUAAAAUAAAAAGCUUUAAAAUUGCA